AUGCCAAGGAGUGGCCGCAGGGCUGGAGGUCGAGUUCGACAACCGAGCGAUAAUGUUGCGAACGACGCGCACUCUCCGGUCCAGCCCAGGGCAGAUUCAAACGGAGAAGCCAAAGGCGAAAAAGGAGCCAAAGGGAAGCAAAGUGGAACUGCACAGACGACGACACCGAGGACACUCUCUGCCCCUUGUCGCUCAGCGCAGUGUGUCCCGGCCCCGCCACGUGUGGAAAGUGGAGUGGUGAUUGGGGAAAGAGGACCCACCGCAACCAGCGCGGUUGUUCUUCCCCCACUUCAGCUCAUCAGUGGGGUUCCAGCCGCGAGCAUCCACACCCAUCGCGCUUCAGAGCACGGCAUCGCGCGGCUCGUCCGUACUGGAUGA